GCAAACUCUCGUAAACUCCAUGUGAAUGUCGUUCAAACGAACCCCAAUGCAUAAUUUUCAAUAAAAUUGAGCGGUACUUCUAAUAAUUUUCUUCAAGAUGGAUAGUCGUUGGGAUCUUACACGCCUUCGGGAAUUGAAUGACAAAACAUUAGGCUCAAGAAAAAAAUUUGCAGAACUGGAUUCUGAACUAAGGAUUGACAGUACCGUUUCUUCAACAACUUUUGACAGUAUCGAUUCAUCUGAAAAUACACGCACUUUGAAUAAUGAUCGAGAGCAUGUCAAAGGCUGUGCCUCCAAGUACAGACAAUGCACUUGUGAGCUGUUGACGAGAUAUAAAAUGAGACAGGAGAAGCGUAAACAGUGGAGCAAUUGUCCAAAUCGUGGGUUGCCAUCAAACGACACAAUAAACUCAACGAUUUUAGCUGGAAAUGUGGGGAGUACCUCCGCUGGUACGUCACGAGCUUCCUCAGAUUCCUUCCACAGUGCCCAAUCCAUAACGGAUGAUAUCCAAGUUGUGUACUCUAAUAUUGGUGAUGCAAGUAAUGAAUCCACUGCAGGAAGCUUGAACAUUGCGGUCAAUGAGUCGAAACCAAGGGACACAAAUCACAAUAUUGAUUCCAAUCAAGAAAUCGAAUCAGAGUCAGAGAAGCCCCCAGUGACUUCAGAAAUUGAAGAUUCAACCUCUUAUAUGAUGCCGUUCCUCGAGAAAAUCUCCAAUGAAAUCGACAUAUGCUCUCCGAGCACCAACACCCAACGUCCCAAUCUUAUGAAGAGAUUGUCAAAGUCAUUCGCCAGAAAUCCAGCAGAAUUCGCCGAGAAAUUACUCACGAUCAUUGAGGAAACUAAUCUGAACAGCUGUCAACACCCAGAGGAUAAAAGUUGUGCCAAUUUGAGUCGUUUAACUACAGAAUUCAGAAAAGCUUGUAAGUACAUCAUGAACGAGUCUAUGCUCAUGGAUCAGUCCAUGCCUGCAGAAAUGUUGACUUCACCUAUUGAUCUUUCAAUGUACAUAGUCCCAGGAAUCUCGACAAGUCCAGUGACCCCGAGUGGUUCCAAUUCUUCCCCACAGCGAAAGAGUUCUGUAGAUUUUCGUACACCUCCUCAUGAGAAUCAGAAACACGUAAAAAAAAAAUAUCGCAAAACUCCAAAGAACCUUAUGGAAAAUGCGCAAAAGUCUAAUCAAUCGCCUCUGUGCAUUGCCAUGUUGAAGAAGGCAAGUGACAUUCCAAAAAAACCUUCAAAAAUUCGGAAAAAUACCGGUUACAGUGCUUGUUCUCCAUACUCUGCAGAUUCCUCUCAUAAAACAUUGACGCCAGUGAUUGAACAAUCACCUUUCAAUCAGUGCAAUGCAACGUUGAAAACAACCAAUGGGACUCCUAGAACACCUAAGAGAACUCCCACAAAUGCAGGUUACAAUGAUUCCUUCAUAUACUGGGAGAAUUACGCCCAUAAAAAUGCGACGCCAGUGAGUGAAGGUAAAAUGAGAAGUCUAAUGAGAAGGAGUAAGUCUGUCCCAGAUGUGGCAGCUCAGUUGGAAUCUGCAAGGAUCAAAAGAACUGGAGCAAUUCAGUACUAUGACCUCGAAGAUUCUCCACCAAGCUCAUUGCACUACAUGCUGAGGAAGACCUCUGCGGAUAAUGUACUCUACGAUACAUUUGACAGUCAUCCAAACCAUGAUUCCAAUCUGCCAGAGACAGUUCUCGAAGAAGUCGUAAAGAAACGACUUCGAUGCUGUGAAACGGAGAAGAUGAUUCGAGAGAUUGAUGCUACUUCUGUUUCUCCUGAUGAUACCCCUGAGGAUGACAUUGUUCUUGAGUAUUUAAAGUUUGUUAGGAGAUCCAGUGAUUAUCACAAGUACCUGAAUAAGAAUAAAGAGGCCAUAAAUAAGGCGGUGAAAAAAAUUGAAGAUAAACUUACAGCUCCCAAACAGCCUAUCCAACCGUCAAUGAAAACUCCAGGAAAGCUGAUGGAAUCUACAAAGAAGCUUCAGCCUAUUAUGAGUGAGCUCAAGAGGCCAGCAUUCGUCGUAAAUUUCCGUCGGAGAUCACCAGUUGCUGUCAGCACGACGCCCAAAGGGAAAUCACCAGUUCGUUUAAAUCAGGGAGAAACAUCUCUCUAUUUACGUCGAUUGAGUGCCAAGAAGACAACUUUGAGAUCGACGUCGCCUCCUGUUCGUCACCCAACAACUCCAAGAAUUACAAACCCAAGAUUGGCGUUGACACGAAGCACUCCAAAUUUGACGCUUACAGCAAAACCAGGUGCUUCGGAAUUACGACCUGUUUCAGGGGGACAGACUCCAUCCAGACCUUUGAGUGUUGCAAAAACUCCAGCCAAAUUGAGUGUUGUCAGGACACCCGCUAAGAUAAAUCCCAAAAAUGGUUUCACGAUGAGUUCAGUCACUGUACGAUCUAAAACUCUUCAAACACCCAAUCCUGGCUUGACAAAGUCCAAGUCUGCUCAGAAUUUGCCUGUAUUAUCUGUCACGCCAGCUACACCACGUCCACAAACAACUACCUGUGCUCGUGAUAAAAAAUUGACACAAAAUCUUCAAAAAUCUGGAGUAACUGGUGGUAGGCUCUUGCAAACUCUUGCCAAGUCUAGAGAGAAGUCUGCAAUCACAUAUAGAUCUGGAAAAGUCUUCAGUACACCUGCUAAGUCCGAACAGAAGACAUGCUCCUUUUUCUCCACUCCGAAAUCGAUGCAGGCUAAAUCUUCAGUUUUUUCCAAACGAGGGAAAUAUUUUGAGACUCCUGUAAAAUCCGAGGCGAACAAGAAACCGGUCAUUCCUUCUGCCUCGAAAGUUAAGAAGACUUUUGUUGGGAGUGCAGUGUAUUAUAGUUAUGAUACUGUCAAGUCACCUGUUGCUGAAUACAUUAAUUCCACUGAUGCAAAAUUCGUUCAGAAUAUUCGAAGCAAGGAUAAUGAGUUUCUCUUGACGCCCAAGAAAAAAGCAACCACUUCUACAGAGACUCUAAGCAUCAAAUUAGGGGGAACUAAUGAAAUAAAAAAGAAUCCGAGAGGGGCUGAAAAUGACGAGAAUAUGCUUGAUGCUCCUAUGGAUUCAUUCCCUAAAGUGGUGUACCAGCCAUCGGCCGCAGUUCACGAUAUCAACUGUAGUCCAUCAUCAAAAUUACGUGGAGGCCGUGGAAAAGUUCUCAGGGAAAUGAAUGAUAGAAGAGUUAUCGUUCGUCACGAGGCUCGUAUCCAGGACAACGUGGCUGAGCAAUCCAUCCAUAUUUCUAAACCAGCGGAAAAGAGUAAUUACGCUGUUUACUCUCAGGCAGCUAAGAAACCGUUCAAAUGAUUGUCGAUAUACUCCACAUCUACUAUAAUAUUUCACUGCGAAGUAAGAAUAAAUCAUUCCGUAUGGCCAUGCUACUGUCCAAUAUUAUUGCUCGUAUGAUGGAAUGACCAACAAAUCAUUCUCAUUCCAUUGUGAAAGAUCAUAAUUAUAAAAUACUUUAUAUACAUUAUCCGCAGAAGUCGAAACCCUAGGUGAUUUUUUUUAUUGUCUAAAGAUGUUGAAUAAAGUUUUAUAUGAAUAAUUUUACUUUA